ACGCGCGCGGCGGGCGGCGGCUCCGGGCGGCGGCCGGGCGGGGGGCGCAGGAAGCCAGGCGGGCCAGGGAGACCCCGAGAGCUCCAUGAAGCCCCCCCGGGGCCGCGGACGGGGCGCUGUCCUGGGGAGUCUGUCGGGGGCCCCCCGACAUCCAUGGCAGGGCGGGGGCCGCGGCGGCGCGCUCGGAGGCCGGCGGCGGCGGCUGCCCCGAGGGACAGGGCCCUAGGCGGCGGCGAUGGGGGCCCGGAUCGCGCCCGGCCUGGCGCUGCUGCUCUGCUGCCCGGUGCUGGGCUCCGCGUUUGCCCUGGUGGAUGCAGAUGACGUCAUAACCAAAGAGGAGCAGAUCUUCCUGCUGCACCGAGCCCAGGCCCAGUGUGAGAAGCGGCUCAGAGAAGUCCUGCAGAGGCCAGCCAACAUCGUGGAAUCGGACAGAGGAUGGGCAUCCGCGGCCCCGGGAAGGCCCAGGAAGGAGAAGGCACCCGGGAAGCUCUACCCUGAAUCCAAGGACAAAGAGGCGCCCCCCGGCAGCAGGCGCCGAGGGCGCCCCUGCCUGCCUGAGUGGGACCACAUCCUGUGCUGGCCGCUGGGGGCGCCGGGCGAGGUGGUGGCAGUGCCCUGUCCCGACUACAUUUAUGACUUCAAUCACAAAGGCCAUGCCUACCGUCGCUGUGACCGCAAUGGCAGCUGGGAGCUGGUGCCCGGGCACAACCGGACGUGGGCCAACUACAGCGAAUGCGUCAAGUUCCUGACCAAUGAGACGCGUGAGGGGGAGGUGUUUGACCGCCUGGGCAUGAUCUACACGGUGGGCUACUCGGUCUCGCUGGCCUCCCUCACUGUGGCUGUGCUCAUCCUGGCCUACUUCAGGCGGCUGCACUGCACACGCAACUACAUCCACAUGCACCUGUUCCUGUCCUUCAUGCUGCGCGCCGUGAGCAUCUUCGUCAAGGACGCGGUGCUGUACUCGGGCUUCACCCUGGACGAGGCCGAGCGCCUCACGGAGGAGGAGCUGCGCGCCAUCGCCCAGGCGCCCCCGCCCCCGCCGCCCGCCACUGCCGCCCCCGCCGACUACGCGGGCUGCCGGGUGGCGGUGACCGUCUUCCUCUACUUCCUGGCCACCAACUACUACUGGAUCCUGGUGGAGGGGCUGUACCUGCACAGCCUCAUCUUCAUGGCCUUCUUCUCCGAGAAGAAGUACCUGUGGGGCUUCACAGUCUUUGGCUGGGGUCUGCCCGCCAUCUUCGUGGCUGUGUGGGUCGGUGUGAGAGCCACGCUGGCCAAUACGGGGUGCUGGGACUUGAGCUCCGGGAACAAGAAGUGGAUCAUCCAGGUGCCCAUCCUGGCCUCCGUUGUGCUCAACUUCAUUCUCUUCAUCAACAUCGUCCGGGUGCUCGCCACCAAGCUGCGGGAGACCAAUGCCGGCCGGUGUGACACGCGGCAGCAGUACCGGAAGCUGCUCAAGUCCACGCUGGUGCUAAUGCCGCUCUUCGGCGUCCACUACAUCGUCUUCAUGGCCACGCCGUACACCGAGGUCUCAGGGGCGCUCUGGCAAGUCCAGAUGCACUACGAGAUGCUGUUCAACUCCUUCCAGGGAUUUUUUGUCGCCAUCAUCUACUGUUUCUGCAAUGGCGAGGUCCAAGCUGAGAUCAGGAAGUCGUGGAGCCGCUGGACGCUGGCCCUGGAUUUCAAGCGCAAGGCACGCAGCGGGAGCAGCAGCUACAGCUACGGUCCGAUGGUGUCUCACACGAGCGUGACCAACGUCGGCUCCCGCGCGGGACUCGGCCUGCCCCUCAGCCCCCGCCUGCUGCCCGCUGCCACCACCAAUGGCCACCCGCAGCUGCCCGGUCACACCAAGCCAGGGGCCCCGGCCCUCCAGACCUCACCGCCAGCCGCGGCCAUGUCCAAGGACACCGGCUUCCUCAACGGCUCCUGCUCGGGGCUGGACGAGGAGGCCUCCGCGCCCGAGCGGCCCCCCGCCUUGUUGCAGGAGGAGUGGGAGACAGUCAUGUGACCGGGACCAAGGGUUGGACCUAUGGACCAAGAGACGGACGGUCGGUGGUUGCCCACUCAUGGCUGGGCUGGGAGAA